CAUUUUAUUUUAUUCUUUUUCAACACUUUGUUGAUACCGCACGUGUUGUAUUUUGUAGUUUAAUACACAUAGAUUUGUGUGCUUAAAAUGCAGUAAUGUUUGUCAACGAAGUGAAUGAUGUGAAAAUCUACAACUUGAGCGCCGGCAAAUCGGUGCCAGAUUGGCUUACCGAUCGUCGCAAGCGCUCACAGCUUAUGAAAAAGGGGGAUUCUCGUCGACAAAUAGAGCUCAUACAGGACUUCGAUAUGCCCGGCGUGUGCACCAGCAUACGCAUGAGUCCGGAUCAGCAAUAUAUUCUAGCCACCGGAACCUAUAAGCCACGUGUUAAAUGCUUUGAGGUUUCAAAUCUUUCCAUCAAAUUCGAACGGUGUUUCGACUCAGAGGUGACCACAUUUGAGGUGAUUAGCGAUGAUUAUAGUAAAAUGGUGUUCCUCCAAUGUGAUCGAUAUGUUGAAAUCCAUGCCGCACAUGGGCGUCACUACAGAUUACGCAUUCCGCGUUUCGGUCGCGAUAUGAAGUAUCAUAAACCCAGCUGUGAUAUGUUUAUAGUGGGUGUGGGCAGGGAUAUUUAUCGUCUGAAUCUGGAGCGUGGUCAAUUCCUACAGCCCUACGAGACAGACGCCAGCUGCCUGAAUGCCUGCGAAGUGAAUCCCGAGCAUCAUCUGCUUGUGGUGGGCACAAAAGAAGGCACAGUCGAGGCCUGGGAUCCGCGCAGCAAGCAGCGUUGCGCCACCUUGGAUGUGGCUAUGAAACUGCCGGGCGUCAAAGAGUUUCCUUCUGUCACAGCACUUAAAUUCCGCAAUGGACUUCAUAUGGGCGUUGGCACUGCUUCUGGACAUGUGCUGCUCUAUGAUAUACGCUCUCGACAACCAUUACUCACCAAAAAUCAUCUCAACAAUUUGCCUAUCAAGCGCUUGGCCUUUAAUCCAGCUCCAAAUGCUGUUUACAGCUUAGAUGAGGCAACAUUAAAGUUGUGGGAUGAGCAAACGGGCAAACAAAUAGCAUACGUGGAGUCGACGACAUCGUUCAAUGAUUUUUGCACUAUUCCCGAUUCGGGAAUGUUCUUCCUGGCACAAGAGGAUGUCAAAAUGCUAACUUACUAUGUACCAGCCAUGGGACCAGCGCCACGUUGGUGCGCUUUCCUAGACAAUCUCACUGAGGAGAUUGAAUCUGAGGUGGUGGAAAAUGUCUACGAUGACUAUCAGUUUGUGACACAAAAGGAGCUCGCCGAACUGGGCAUGGAACAUUUGAUUGGAAGUAAUCUACUCAAGGGUUACAUGCAUGGAUACUUUAUGAAUGUUCGUCUUUACAACAAGGCCAAGUCUGUGGUAGAGCCGUUUGCCUUCGAUCGCUUCCGCAAGGAGAAAGUGCGACAAGAGAUUGAAAGUGAGCGCAAGUCACGCUUGCAAAUCGAAUCGAAGUUGCCAAAGGUCAACAAAGAGCUGGCCCUUAAGAUUAUGGAUGAACAGGCGAAUCCUUCAAACAGCGCCAAGCAACGCAAUGUGCCCAAUCUUUUGCAAGAUUCUCGUUUCAAGGCCAUGUUCGAAAACACCGAUUUCGCUGUCAACAAAGAAGCUGAGGAAUAUCGCUUACUGGCUCCUGUGCUGAAUCGCCUGGACAAAUCAAAGGCCAAGGAGCUGAAACAGCGCAUUGAAGUUGCUCAUGUCGCUGAACUACACGCGGAUGAGGCGCAAACACGCGAAGAAAGUGAUAACGAUGAAGAUCUGUUUGGUUUCGAGAAGAGCAAUUCCGAGGAGAGCAGUGGUGAUGAGGCAUCCUCGGAUGAUGAUGACCGACGAGAAUAUGUGAAGGAAAUGAAACAGGCCUAUAAACAAGUGAAACAACAGCGCGAUGAAGAGGAGCAGGCAGAGAACGGAGAAGAAGAACCUGAUGGACCAGAUGAUUAUGUGUCUCCACUGGCCAAUGUCAAUGGUGACAGCAAUAGCAAAACUAGCGCAUCACCAUUGAAUAAGCUGAACUUUAAACUAACAGCUAUCGACAAAGAGCAGGGCAACACUGAGCUGCAGCGUCGCAUCAAGCAGGUCAGUCUGCAGGAUCGUGUACGUGUCAUGACUAGCUUGGAAGGUCAAGUGACUAAUGUGGGCCGCUCAAUUGGCAAUCGACAAAUGACAUUUGAAAUAAACAGGGAAAAGAAAUCCCAGCACAUUGCAAAGAAACGUGAGGCGGAACUGAAAAAGCAUCGCGAAGAACGUCGCGGCAUCGUGAGACCAAUUAAAUCAUUAAAACUGAAAAAGGUUAAUUUUAAGUAGGACUUUGUAAUCAAACUUUUGCUACAUAAAAAUGUUUUAAUUUAUGUAAA